AUGUACUCCUUGGAAGAGCUCUACGAGGAGCUCCCGGAGGUCCUCCAGGAUGAGGCAUGGUGGAAGGAGUGGAAGGAGCAAUGGAGCCGCACGCAGGGACGAGGCAGCAAGCUAGAAGGGUCGACGAGUUUCAAGUCUCCCAGCGAGACUUUGACUUCUCAAGCUGCUGCUGUAGCUCAGGGUCGCGUUGAUCCCCCGCAUGAACGUCAAGAUGUACAGCAAGAGGAAGUCGCUGCAAAGUAUCGAGCUGAACUCCUAGAAGCUUCCGUAAGGAUGGACCUUCUCCAUCGGAAUCUUCUGCAAGAAGAGAUGCAGUUCAACGCGCAAGCCAUCCAGGCAGCCAGGACCGCAGACGCUCGCUUGAAGUCAGCAGGGAUGACCACACGAUUCUACAGGCAGCUCAAGAAACCAGCGUGGGACCACCAGGUGCUGAGGAGCGGGCAAGGGAUCCGACAGAACGUGAGCAGGAGGACGGGAAGGAUCUUAGAGGCCCUGCGACUUCAAACUCUCAAGGAUGGAGAAAUAAGGAUGAAUUCACAGAGCAUCGAUGACGAAUGGGCGGAGCAGAUCGGCAGAGCACUGGUGGAAGAGAAGUCCUCUUACUCCUUCAUCGACCUCAGCAGCAAUUUCAUCUCGAGCCAGGGCUUCAGGUGGGUGUCUCUUGGGCUCAGUCAACAGACGCGCCUGUCCGACUUGCGUCUGAGUGGGAACCCGCUGGACGGAGAUGCGAUGGACCUGAUAGCAGACUGUAUGACUAUCAACACGUCCAUCACUAGCCUGGACUUGAGCUGCUUGAAGUUCGGAGAGAAGAGAGCAGGAUCAUCUCUUCCUGGGGAUGGAGCACCGGGGGAGGAAGAGCAGAGAACAGCAGCUGGGCUGAAGCUGGGGAUGUCAAGAUUCUUGCACUCUCUUCUCCUCUCGAUCUCUCUGACGAGGUUGGACCUGGGAGGCAACGGAAUGGGAUCGACGCAGUUCCGUCAGCUUUGCGACUGGAACGAUCUGGGGGUAGACGGCGGCGGAUACCUUGGACGGCUGCUGGCGGCGUCGAGUCGCAUCCAACACGUGGACGCCAGCUCGAACUGGUUGGGGACUGAAGGAGCCACCAACUUCUUCUUGCAGCUCAACACCAACACGGGACUGACUUCGCUGAACCUGUCUUCCAACAAGAUGUUUCUCAGCGAGGAUGUGUCUCCUCCUAUGAACAAGAUCUUCCUUUACUUCCCUCGCCUGGUCGACUUGAACGUGUCAGCCAACGACGCGUUUGCAGGGUCCAACCUCCUGGACCAGGACUCGUUCAAGAGUUCCCACCUGGGAGGCAUCAAGCUCAUGCUCAACAAGAACCCGAUCGGAAUCGAUGGCUGCAAGCGGCUGGUCAGGGCGGCAGGCAGCUGGUUCCCUAUCGUGCACUUGGAGCUGAGAGGUUGCGACCUCGAGGACUCCUACCUCAUCGUCCUUGGAGCCAUGCUCCUGUCGGCGUCCUCCUUGCGUCGCUUGCACUUGGCGGACAACCGGAUUACCGAGAGGGGCGUAUCCUUCAUCCUCCGUUGGCUCCAGGUUCCUGAAUCCAAGUCGAGGCUCGAGGUCUUGGACAUGGACGGGAACCGCUGCCAGGAUCCAGUAGCGGGAUGCCAGCAUAUUCCUUCACUUCGCUCUAUCUUUCUCCGUAGCAACUUGGUAUCGGACAUGGCAACCCAGCAAGUGCACGACAUGCUCAAGACGCGAGGAUUCGGACAAAUCAGCAUCCUCUUGUAA